AUGGGCGCUGCACAGGCCUGCUGCCAAGGCGGGUCGCAGAGGCUGGUCUUGCAGAGCACAUCCCUCCUUUACCUCGACAGGGAUGUUGAGAACGAUCGGGGAUCUGCGAAACCUAGCAGCAGAGACAGCAGUACGCCUCGGAUUGUCUCCGGAAAGCUCCGUGGGGUGCCUAUUCUGAGAAUACCUUCUUCAGCCUACCCGUGGACCGCCAGCAGCAUCGAGAGGAGUGAGGUGGAUGAGUUCAAGCACAUGCUGGGUAGUCAUGGCAUAGAUACGACGUGCUGGGGCAGCCAAGGCGCGAAGGCUGUCGAGCAGUUGUUCUGGGAGAUAUUUUACCAACAUGGUAGUAUACUGACUGGAAUUGGGACGGGGAAGCUGAAGCGAGUCACGCGCAUCUUAAAGUUGCGCAUACUCGCAGAGAUCAAUGGCAUUGACCAUGUGAUGGUGUCGCGACUGCAGUUCAUGCACGACGGCCAGCAGAUCCAGCGCCAGCAACUUCCUCUGCGAAGGUUGUGCUGGAAGAUGCCUUCCGACAACGCCUUGCUGCAAUCCUGUGAAAUCAACCUCUGUGAUGAGAACAACGAGUAUGCCGAAUCGUGGAAAAGCUGCUGGCCAUCUGUCCUGGAAGAUAGACUCGGGAUCUGCUCAUCCGCUUUUCAGCAUCAGCUGGAUGAGGUCACCAGCGCGUACAGCUAUCACACCGAAGACAAUGUCCACAGCGAGGGCUAUCCCGGGUUGAAGACCCUGUAUUGUGUGCAUCAGGUGACAUUUCGGGUGACGAACCCCGCUCACUCCAAGGUGGCGUGCAUUGGCCUGCCUCUUGGACAGGACUUUGCCACGGCCAACGACAACUUCUGCCUGGAGAGGUUCCACAGCAAGGACGCCUUGCCCAUAGGCUCCCAGCUCAACGUUUGGUCCUGGGCGCCUCUUAGCGAGUUUAACAAGGUGUACGUGAAGCCGAGCUUCUCGGAAACUACGACGAAGAAAGAGAAGAGUCCUGGUCGAGAAGAACCAGUUCCUCAGUGCGUUGAAGAUGAGCUGAUGAUGCGAAAACGUGUUCCCAUUUCGGCAUCCAUGUCCAAACUCGCAUCAAUGGACAAUGUCGCGCACGCAACUUCGGGCAAGACCCCAAAGAAGACCGCUCCGAACGCAAAGUUGCGUCGCGUUCUGUCGAGCAAGCGAACCGAUUGGCGCACCGUCAGGAAGAUUGCAAGCAAUAUGCUGGACAAGAACUACACCUUGUCCCAGUUCAUGCAGGACCUAGCUGCGUUUCCUGAGCUUUCACUUUACUUGCGGGAUGGAGUUGUGGAAACGGGAUCAGGGCGAACGGCCGAUGAUGAGUACCAGCGCACGAUAUGUGCCUUUUUCGCCAUCUACUGGCUGAUGCGCCUGGAUAUCGACGGUCGGCAGGGCUUCUGCUUUGGAACGGACGAAACAUGGACGGCCUUGAAGGAGUCCGCCGUGCAGGACGGGCAGGCCUUGAGGGUGCAGCCUCUAAGCUUUCGCUUACGGCUUCGCGGCUUCUCUUUCGUGGGAUGCUUCUGUCGAUUCACACUGGCGAGGUUUUGGUGA